GGCAGCCACAGGCAGGGCGCAGGGCAGGGCGCUGGGCACGGGCUCCCGGCGCCGCCCGCCCCGCCCCGCCGCUUCUGCCACAGCCCCAGCAAAGUUUGGGGGCGCCUCUUCCUCCCGCUUAAACGACCUGUGCGCCAUCACCGCCCGGACUCUUCCGAACGAGUCGCUCCUUUGCUGCUUAAAAAAGCCUUCCUCCCGCCAAGCGACUGUUGCCCUCAUGCUCCACGGCUGUUCCGCAGUCCCCCAGUAGCUCCACACCCUUCACGCCUUUUGGCUUUACUGGCCAAACUUUCACUCAGAGGUCAAGUGGAGUCAAGAAGAAGUCAAAAGAAGUUUUGCCUGGGAUUUAAGGAGGAGGCUCCAUAGCAGUAAAGUAAGUUCAAGGUUAGAAAUCUGAAACAAUGGGUGACUGGAGCUUUCUGGGGAGACUGUUAGAGAAUGCGCAGGAGCACUCCACGGUUAUUGGCAAAGUUUGGCUGACGGUACUGUUUAUCUUCAGGAUCCUGGUGCUGGGGGCUGCUGCUGAGGAGGUCUGGGGAGACGAGCAGUCGGACUUUACAUGCAACACUCAGCAACCUGGUUGCGAAAAUGUUUGCUAUGACAAAGCCUUCCCCAUUUCUCACAUCCGCUUCUGGGUGCUGCAGAUCAUUUUUGUCUCCACUCCAACCCUCAUCUACCUGGGCCAUGUCCUGCACAUUGUACGCAUGGAGGAGAAGAGGAAAGAGAAAGAGGAGCUGAAAAAGAAGGGAAGUGGCAAAGAUGGCAACUACCCAGUAGCAGCAGCAUCUGGCAGUGGUGGUGGAGGAGGCAGCAAUAACGUCAAAGAUCCUGUUGUCAAAAGGGGGAAAGAGAAGCUCCCAAUCCGUGAUGAACGUGGUAGAAUCCGUAUGGGGGGUGCCUUGCUCCGUACCUAUGUCUUCAAUAUCAUAUUCAAGACACUGUUUGAGGUGGGCUUCAUUGUGGGCCAGUACUUCCUAUAUGGCUUCGAGCUAAAGCCAGUCUACCAGUGCAGCCGCUCACCUUGUCCACACACUGUGGACUGCUUCAUCUCAAGGCCCACGGAGAAGACCAUCUUCAUCAUCUUCAUGUUGGUGGUGGCCUCAGUCUCCCUGCUGCUGAACAUGCUUGAGAUAUAUCACUUGGGGUGGAAGAAGCUUAAGCAGGGCAUGACAAGCCAGUACAUCCUUGAGAUGCCUGUUGCAACAAUGACACCAGUUAUGGUAACAGGGGAGUCCAAACCUGUUUCCCUGCCACCACCAGCACCACCUGUGGUGGUCACAACUGCCACGCCUGCCCCUGUUCUGCCUGACACCCGUGCUGUCACACCACUACUGGCCCCAGUGACCAUGGCAUCAUACUAUGCUACAGCUGCUCCAAGACCACGGCCCCCCUCCAACAUGACAUCCAUGGCAAGCUACCCUCCUGCUCCACAAAUUCCUGAGGAGAGCCACCAUGCUGUGACUCCCACACCCAUCUCGACUCCCGUCACCAUCCCAACCCCCAUGCCCACGCCCACACCAGCCGUCAUCAACUACUUCAACAGCAGCAGCCGUGCCCUGACGUCCGAGCAGAACUGGGUCAACGUGGCAGCUGAGCAGCAGGGGAAGGUUUCCUCCAGCUCAGCAGGUUCCUCUACCCCCAGCAGUGUCCGGCAUCCCCUUCCCGAGCAGGAAGAGCCACUGGAGCAGCUACUCCCACCCCCAGCUGUGCUGCCCAUUGCCGCAGCCAACAGCGGCAGCAGCACCAGCCUGAGCGGGGCGAGCGGCAGUAGGUGGGAUGUGGAGGGCGAGGUGGAGCUGUCGGGGGCACGGCCCGUCUCGGCUGCCUGCACCACGGUGGAGAUGCACGAGCCACCACUGCUUGUAGACACGCGGCGCUUGAGCAGGGCCAGUAAGUCGAGCAGCUGCAGAGCCCGGUCAGACGACCUGGCUGUGUAGGGCGGUCGCCCCUGCUCGGGGGAGCAGGUGGUGGAAGGCGGAGUGGGCAGGAGAGCUGCCCGGGGAGGCCAGGCCUGGCGUGGGUGAGAAGGCCUGGGCUUCAAACUUAGACGCUUGCUGUUUUUGCACUCUGUGAGUUGUAGUGGGGAAAAUUAUCAACGUUUUCUAAUAGGUCAGGGGUGACCGAAGCGCAGCCUGUGGGCCAGGAGACCAGUCCCACUUUCCUUCACGUUCAUGGCAGAUCCCUCAAGGGCAGCCAUAGGGGAGGCCUGCGCAGAUAGCAGGUGGUGAUGGUAGCUGGCAGUGUGCCCUGAGGCUGCCUUUCAUCCGAGAAAAAUGUUAAUAUCCCUAGUGCCCAUGCACCUUGCUGUCAUCUCCCUCUUGCCCUUGCCUUCACUUCCACUCGUCCACAGAAGCUCUACAUGAGCAGAUGCAAUGACUUACUUUCUUCCUCUUGAAUCUUACGUAGCCCUAUGGCAAACAUCAGGGUGGUAUAUUGCCUAUUGGCAUCUGUCGUCUCUACAGACCAACUUGCCAUAUUAAAGGUAACUCAGUUUCUUCCAUAUAAUAUGACUUAGUGAAGCCUUUGUGCUCACGGCAAGUCACCAAUGUGCUCCUCGGCCAGGCAAAGUUUAGGGAACCCCUGGAGUAGAUUUUUGAGGUUCUUCUUUCCAUAAUUUUUUUUUUUUACUCUUGACCUGUUAGGAAGUGUUCGGUUUGACCUUCUAUCCAGUGUUUGCCAGCCAUGAUCACACCAUGUUUAUAAGCCUGCAAAUAUGUUUGAGUAUGUUUGAUUAUAAUUUUAGCUGACUUCUAAAAUUGCUUACAGGAGGACAGGAAUUUAAACCACACCUUGGAAAUUAUUACACAGAACAAUUUCUCUUCAGAAAGCAAGGAUUAUGAUGUCUGUGGCCCCAUAUAUUGCCCGUGGACAAUUAGGAUGAAGUACAGCUCUGCAUUUUAGACUAUUAGAUACCAGCUUAAGUUUGUUGGAAAAAUGCUUUUUAGAAGUAAACUUGAGUGCUUAUUUUCAAGUAUUUGAACAUUUUAAGAAUAAUCUGUAGGUUUAAAGUUACUUGACUGUGUAUUUAAUAAUUUUAGUUUGAUCUUUGAUCUUACAAGAAAAUGUAAGAGGAAAGAAACUUACUAAUGGUGAAAUUCCCAAAGCAACAUUAUUUCCUGUUGUGUACUCUUUAACAUCAAUCUGUAGCGUCCUCAGGUCAGUGAAAACAGAUAAUAUUGUAUUGCAGAAAAGGUGGCUAAAAUACCUGGUCAGUGUGGUGGCUGAAGGGUCUUUUCCAAUCCCACUGAAGUCACUUGCAGGAUUUCCAUUCAAUUUAACAAGAAGCAAGAUUUGGGAAUGGAUCUUGCAGGCCUUAUUCAAGCAAAACUAACAUUCACAUGAAAUUUUGGGAGCCAGAUGAAAUUUAGAUUUUGGGCCUUAGAAAAGACAUUGAAAUCCUCCUUUUGAAAAAUGUGUGUUUCCCUUAAAAAUGGGUGAAGGAAAAUACUGGUUUGUUUUUUUUUUUUUUUGAAGGUGCAGCUUUUCUUACAACAGGCUCUGUCCUUUAUUUCCUCCUUAACAAGAUGUUAGUCAGAAUUCUGCAUGCCUGAUAAGGCUCAGGAGAGUUUUGGUACAAAAGGAAUACAGAAUUAGGCCCAGCUUCUGUUCUAAGCAGAAUCCAAAAGAACUGAAGCUUGGAGUCAGUCCUGUUGCUGCUAUAGAUCGAAAGUACUGUAACUGGAAAAGAGCAGUCAAACACACUGGGAUAUCCCUUUGUGUCUUUGAAGUGUUUGGCCUGGCAGUGCAGUCCUUACUCAGGCAAAGCAGGGUCACGCUGUAGCAAGUAGUUAACAUUGCCAGUUAUUUCUGCUGUUAUAUGUUUUCCUGAGCAUGCUUAUUUUAUUCAACAGCCAAAAUAUAUUCCCACCACUCAAGAUUAAACAUUUUUACUGCUUUCUGAGUAGUCACAAAGAGCUUCUCAUGAUCAGAAGCACUGUUCUGCAACCUUUGGGCAUGUUGUCUCAUGAUUUCCUUGUCCUGCUUGUGUUGAACCAGGUGAGGAGAAGUCCUUCCGCUGCCAUGGAUCUUAAGGGCAGGCACUGCAUUAAAAAUCAAUGUGUAGUGGUACAAUAAAGAUAUUUAUUAGUAGGUAUUCAGCUUCAGGCAUGCUCUCAUGGAUUUUCUGUGUUACAAGCCAUAAAAACCCUUUCUGCAAGAAAGCUAAAAGCCAAGUUUUGCUCUCUGUUGUAUCCAUGCAGCUGUGCUGAACAUAGACUAAACUUGAUGCAGUUGCCUAGGUGUAAACAAAGGCAAAGAUUAAGAUUCAAAAUUUUUAGAUUUACUAGCAUCUAUAAUAGCAGUUCUUAAAGUUUUGAUAAAUGCCAGUUAACUAUAUUGCUGAAAUAAUGCAAUAUAUGCAUCUCUGUAUUUUAGUACAUCAGAGUUUAUAGGCUACAUUUUCCUUCCUUCUAUGCUUCUGAAGAAUGAAGUCAAAGUCUUUCUGGAGUGUGUUUAUAUAAAUCAGGCCUCCUGGAAUGUGUGCUUUUUUAUAUCAGUUUGUGAGAGCAAAACUGAUGUUGUUUGAUGGGGCUCUGCAUCUUGCAGCCCUUACUUUAGUACUACCCUCAUGGAGUGUGUCCUGCAGGAUUGCAUCCAUACUGUAUAUAAAAAACAGUAACAGAGAUAGAUUUGACUUAGGAUCAACUGAGACCUAGUCUGACCUUUUCAAGUUAAUGUGUGCGGUUAGACCUGCAGAGAGUUCAGAUGCUUUAGUGGAACAUAUGGUAUUUUCAGCUAGAGUAACUUCUGGAAAGCUCUAAAAGAUGAUUUUUCCUGUUAGGUGAAGCUCGGGGGGAGAAAUGUAACUCUAUUGCAACCCCUAAGAGAAGUCUGAGAGAGCAGCCUCUGCAUCCAGGCAGUCCUGGCCUGAGAAAGCAAAGCUACAACUCACAGGUUGCGCUUUUAAGAUCAGCUUAAGUUCCAUCACGUUACUAUGCAGCGUCAAGCCUCUUCAUUACCUGCAGUUUCAUUUGGAGUCCAGUAACUGUCUCUUCAUUUAAGCCCAGGUAACUGUUUUGGCAGAAUUCCUCAGUGCUUACAACUGCUUGUAGUUGCCGCAUCACAUCUGGAUUCAGAUUUGUUGAAAGAAAAAUCUAAUUAGUGUGGCCAGUUUUGAGGACUUUACUCGUGAAUGAUCACUGAAUUCAACAUCCUGUGAGUCGAGUGCUGAAUUCUAUGCAGAAUUCAGCAGUUCUAGAAAAUAUGUGCAAACACCCACUGAUUUGCAGAAUAGAGUCUGUUGGCAAAAAUUAUCCUCUAAUUUCCGAGUUGUUGACUCUUUCACAUCAAUUAAUUACAAAGUUUCAUGGGAGUUGGUAGCAAGUGAUACCCUGGUUUAGUAUAUGGCUGUUCAGGCCACAAUUCUGAAAGACCUCAGGUGCACAGCUAAGAUGAAACCUGUAGGUAAGUUAUCACAAAAGCAGAAGUCAGAACAGAAUCAUGCCUGAUACUAAGCAGACUGAGUAAAACCCCCCCACAUUUUUGCUCUUUGAGUAGAGUAAUUGUGGGAAAACUUGUUCUCUCUUACCUGAAGUUAAAAAAUGUGCUGAAAAAAUAAAACUGAAAAAAGAAAACUGAAAAAAGAUACUCUUUGAACAAGUUACCAGGUGUAUGAUGUACUACUCUUUUUGCAGUAUAUUUGUCAUUCAACAAGGCAUUUAGAGCUAAUUAAAUGUUUGACAUUUUGCAGCUCUUAAUAUUAUUUUCUGGUAUGAGUACAUAAGUGUAGGGUCAGUAAAAUAAUAAAAGCAAGCUUUAAAAAUCAGAUCACUAUUUAGGUCCUUUUUUGGUUAGUCAUGGGACUGCCUCCUCAACUGCUACAAACUGUUGUAUUCCACUGAGUUCAUUUGGUGACAUCAGUCUGCAGGAGCAGAGUGUUGAGCCCCUGGGUGUUUUUGUUUCCUACAGACACUAACACCAUGGAUUUGAACAGGCUGGGUUUUUUUUAAUUCCAGAUGUUUUACUUUGAUUUUUAUUGUGAAAAGUGUGCCUUGUAAUUUUGAUUUUCGGAAGUUUACAUUCAGCUUUUGAUUUCAGAUUGCACAUUUGGAUGAAAUAAACUGCUUUCUAAGUUUACAUUUGUAUAAGAAGUAAAAGAAUGACUCUGCCAAUGUGUUAAACUUAAAAGAGAAAUGUCUUACUAUAACACAGGAACUCUUCAGACAUAAGGCAGUACCAUUAAAUUUAACCUGGUCACUGAUCCAUAGUAUCAACUUUCUCUGUGUAAUUAAAAUACGGGUGUUGGAUAUAUAGGGAGCACACCAUGGAAAAAAAUAUUUUUCAUCAUGAACUCAAUUAUUACCAAAUAAAAUAAGGUUCAUUAUUGUUCAUAUGCCUUCAUGUGUGUUUAGAGCACAGUAACUAGCUGUGACAUGUGUCCUCUAUGAGCAAAACUUGCAGCCUGGUUUAAAAUUCCGAACAAAGUAUUUGUGGAUAAACACUGCACUGUUACACUGUAGAAAAUUUUACAAAAAAUAAAUGUUUUUCUUUCUAGGCAAAAAUAUGGUCUAAGCCUGGAAAUACAAUUUCAUGCAAGUUAUUUUAACUUUUGCAAAUAAGACCAUUAAUGGCAAUGGGACUAUUUGCAUAAACUAAAACCACUGAUGUGAUAAAGAAAUUGUAGAUUUGCAUUUUAAGUUUGCUGUAAGAUGCCAAUCUAAUUCUAGAAUUUUUAGUUCUUGAAGAGUUAUGCAAGAUGCGUGAGCAUAUUUUAAGGCGGAGAACACAUUGCUAUUUGCAUUGCCACUAUUUCUCACAGUUAAAGGGUUCUAAAGCAUGAGAAAGCUUACUCAGAACUUUCUUGUUGCUUUCUGGAUGUUUGUCUUUUACAUGACAGAAUCUGACAACAAACAUAACAAGUUUUCCGUGCAGUCAGGAACUUGUAGUAGCAAUAAAACCAGCAAACAGUUAACAGUACUGUCUUCAGAGAAGUGCCUUGUAUAUUAAAUUCUGCAAGAAGCAAGUUGAUGUAAACGUUAAUUUACCUCAUAUGUUUACAAAAUUGUGACUAAAUAAACUUUUUGUACCACA